UUGCACUUGGAAUUGUGCAUAUGUAAUAUAAGAACGAAUAUUGAAAAGGAAUGGUGUAAACGUAGCAAUACCAAAAUAUUUUGGUAUAAUCAAUCAAUCCAUCCCGAUAAAGCUCAUAUAUCGCAACGAACAAAAAAAUGAUAAGAAUUUGCAAUUAAUAGAAACGAGUUAUGAUAAAUCAAAGACAAAUCUCUACUGAAUUCAGUCUACAGUUUCCUCAUAACCGUGACCGACGCAACACAGAAGAAAGAUUUUCCAAUUAUUCAUAAAGACAUAGAGACAUAAAAUAUUCCAAUAAAACCUUUAGACUUUAUACCUUUCGAGGUGAGUUGAUUAAACAUGGCCAAAGCCCACAACGACACUUUGGAUUCAAGGCUGAUAAGGGAACACAAUGCGGAGAUAAAUCAUAACUACGAGAAUUCGCAGCUUAAUUUUGAAUGCGGAAAAAGGUCAUGGACACAACGUAGGACAAAAAUAAUGCGUAAACUGCGAAACACUGUCUAUCCAGCGCAUCUCGAAACGUUUUGGGGUAUCUCCAUACUGGUGAUGGCAAUUCACUUCUCAUCGGAGAAAACUUCGUUGGACUUAGUGAAACUUGUAGUUUCAUAUCUUCCAGGGUCUUCGUUUGGCUGGAAUGUUACUGCCUGCUUCAUUGUUGGAUUCAUCUUUUGGCUCUGUAUGUGCAUCAUCCUAAGAUUCAUCCUUAAAGUUCUCUUAAGCUACCAUGGAUUUAUGUUCGAAACGAGAGGAAAAGGAGUCAGUUUAACGACAAAAAUAUGGGGAAUAAUGCUAAAAAUUUUAAUAAAGCUCAACCGGCCUUCGCUAUACAGUUUUCAAGCAACACUACCAACCUUACCGGUUCCAAAUCUCAAAGGCACAAUCCAGCGUUACAUACAGUCGAUGCGUCCUCUAUGUGACGAUGCGAAUUACCAGCGAAUAACGAACGAAGCUAAGGAAUUUCAGAAUGGUAUUGGGAAAAAACUGCAACGGUACCUGACACUUAAAAGUUGGUGGACAACAAAUUACGUAUCUGAUUGGUGGGAAGAAUAUGUCUACCUUCGCGGUCGAUCACCAUUGAUGAUCAACAGUAAUUACCACACUUAUGACAUUUUCCAAAUUCCAUCGCAUAAGCAAGCAGCAAGAGCUGCAGGUUUAGUUCACGAAAUGUUGCAAUUUCGCGAUCGAAUUGAAAAGGAAACGUUGAAACCAAUUAUGGUACAGGGCGUUGUUCCGUUAUGUUCGAAUCAAUAUAAAAGAAUGUACAACACUGCUAGAGUUCCUGGAAUAGAAUGUGACAAAAUCGAACAUUACGAAGACAUCAAACACAUUGUCGUCUUACACAGUGGUUGCUAUUAUAAAGUAAUAAUUCAGCAAGGCGACCGUUUGUUCAAUCCACGCGAAAUUCAACAUCAACUCGACUACAUUCUUAACCGGAAGGAAGUUGCGUCACACGGUGAAAAGUAUCUGGGGUCAUUAACUGCAUGGGACCGAACUAAUUGGGCAAAAGCUCGAGACAAACAUUUUGCAUCAGGUUCGAACAAAGUAUCUCUUAAGCUGAUUGAAAGUGCAGCGGUAUUCCUUGUGCUUCACGAUCAACCUUAUGAAUACGAAAAAGAUCACGGAUCGGAAAAGAUGCAGUACUACGGCAAUCAAAGCAUUUACGGAAAUAUUUAUGAUCGAUGGUUCGACAAAAGCUUUCAAGUGAUAGUUGGAACCAAUGGGAUGUAUGCGUUCAAUGCAGAACAUACGUGGGCCGAUGCGCCAGUCGUGGCACAUAUGGUGGAGGAAAUGCAUCUCGACGAACUUAAAGAUUACGAUGCAAAUGGAAAUUUACUUGGGGAAAUGCGAAUCAACCCACCUACCCCUACAAGACUGCAGUGGAAUUUUACUGACGAACUUGUUAAAACUAUUGACAGUGCUUAUAAUGAUGCACUUAAGCUUGCAGCAGAUGUCGACUACCGACACUUAGUUCAUAACGCCUUUGGAAAGGGUUUCAUCAAAACUUGUCGUAUUUCUCCGGACGGUUACAUCCAAAUGGCUAUCCAAUUAGCUUACUACCGUGAUUCUGGAAAAUUUUCACUCACCUACGAAGCGUCAAUGACUCGAUUCUAUCGCGAGGGCCGAACAGAAACCGUUCGAUCUUGUUCGGUGGAAUCAGUUGCUUGGGUUAAGGCGAUGGAAGACAAAAAUUCAAACACUGCCGAGCGCAUGAGAUUAUUGAAAAUUGCUUGCGAACGACAUCGUGUUGCAUAUUCAGAUGCGAUGUGUGGCAGAGGUGUGGAUCGACAUCUAUUUUGUCUGUACAUGGUUUCGAAAUAUUUGAAAAUUGAGUCACCAUUUCUAAAUGAGGUCAUCGGGGAACCGUGGAUAUUGUCGACUAGCCAAACGCCUCACGGACAAACUGCUAGAAUCGAUCUCAAGAAAUAUCCUCAGCUGGUUGGUCCUGGUGGUGGUUUCGGACCCGUUGCAAGAGACGGCUAUGGAGUUGCAUACUUCAUCUCUGGCGAUAACAAUAUUAGCUUUCACAUUUCGAGCGUGAAAAGCAGCGAAGUGACAGAUACAGCACGUUUUACCUAUGGCGUUGAGAAAGCUAUGAGUGACAUCAAAUUGCUGUUUGAGGAGUAUAAUGUAAAUGUAGCGAAAGAGAAGAGGAAAUAAGCUAGCGAAGACCAAAACAAGGGUAUCAAAUCCAAACAUUUCUUACGUUAUAAUAGUUUUAUGCCACAGAGGCAUCUAAAGUUUCCAAAGUCUGCAUAUUCAUGCUGAGUGGCAUAAAUGUGUUUUAUCAAAGUCAAAGUCAAAGAAAUUUAUUAUAAUCAAAAUAAUUCAGUAAACUUAACAUAGCAAUGCGAGUCAAUCAUCAAGAUUCAACCUUUCGGUUUUACAACGAAUUAAUUUCAUUAAAUCAACGUUCCGUUACAGCAUCAAACAAUUCGAAGGAAAGAGCAACAAUAGUACAUUACGUUACAAGGGAGAAGUCAGAAAGUUACUUUUCGAGUGA